CAACAUUCUUCAGUACUUCAAUCAUCUUUACUUCUACAACCAUCUACUCAAUCUUUUCAGCCCAACCUCAACAAAUUCAAAAUGCACGCAUCCUACUUCCUUGCCGCUAUUGCGAUCAUCCUGCCAGCGACAUCUGCAGCAGCUGUUCCUAUGAACACUGGGCUGGACACUUUCGAGAAGCGGGAGCUCAAGCCCGAUUGCAAACCAGGAGUCUGCUGCCUCUCCAUUCACCAGAAAAACUGGGAGAAAUAUUCCUACGCCUUCUUCGACAAAGACGGCUCACGAAAAGCCUUCCAGGAGGGGUCUAUUCCUAAAGAGAAGGAUGGACUCAGGACUUACUUGGAUACCAACAAGGUUGGAACAAUCGAGUUUACAUGGCCUCCCAACGGCGCGCGAUAUGGGCAAUUAGCACCUGCCGAUUCGGCCAUUGGCAUCAACGUUGACAAUAAUGGCUUGUACCACACUACUCACUCAUCAUGCCACAUCGGUGGGUGGGCUGGAAUUUUGGGCUCAGAAAGGGGUCGUGAUAUGGAUUGCAACAUCGAAUGCUAA